AUGUCCAAGAUAAAUGAUAUUUCAUUCAACCCCGAUUUCUCCUUAAUAUCUAUAGCCACUAGCAAUGGAAACAAGAUAUUCAAUUGUGAACCCUUUGGAGAGUUGUAUUCGUCUUCAGAGACUCAACUACGAAGGACGUUAUCAAAUUCAAUAGACAGCUCAGAUGUCACAUCAGAUAAUAACCUUACAAUGGAUUUAGCCACGAGUGAAAAAUAUCCUACAAAAUUGUUGAAGAUGUUAUUUUCCACGAGUUUAACCAUCAUUGUACCUGAAUCCGAUGAGAACCGAUAUUUGAAAGUCUUCAACCUCAAGCAAGGGCUUAAAAUUAUCGAUUUGGAGUUUGAUUCUAGUAUAGUGGACGUGAAGUUGAAUAGAAAGAGGCUAAUUGUUGCAUUACAGAAUGGGGAGCUUCAUAUUUACGAUUUGAGUUGUGUUAAACUACUCUCGGUUUUGAAAUUAAAUUCAAAUGAUGACACAUUUGUUGGAGAUUUGAGUAUCGAUGACAAGUCUUGGCUUUGUAUACCUAUAAGUGCGGUUAAAAAUGACGAUAUGUUUGUUAAAUCUCGAAAAGAUAGUAACGUAUCCACGCAUUCGACAGAAUUGAAUAGUCAACCAUCACAUCAACAAUCUUGCAUUGAUGACUAUAUCGAAAUUACUCCAAAAGUUAAGCAAAGCAAUGGCGUAUUUGCAAAUUCAAACACUACACUACAAGACAUAAAAGAUGACAGUGAUGGUUGGCUUAUGGUUUAUGAUGCAAUAAAUUUAUCUCCCGUGUUAAUCUUCAAGGCUCAUGACUCUUCAAUCAGCAAAAUUUCAAUGUCUCAUAGAGGUAAUAAAAUUGCUAGUGCAUCAGUCAAGGGGACCAUUGUACGAGUAUUUGACCUUUCUACGGCGGAGGAGGGGAAAGUGUCUCUAAGUCUGGUUAAAAAUCUACGUCGUGGGCAUAAUGUUGCCAAAAUCAAUUCACUCUGUUUCAAUCACAAUGAGACUAUCUUGGGCUGCGGCUCAGAAUCCAACACCAUUCAUUUCUUUAAUCUUAUUCAGGAAGGACCUUGCAAUGAGACAGGCGAUGACGAUACGCAUAACACUGAUCAUAGAAACAGUUUUAGUGAUUACGAUGAUCAAAGUGAUGGCGAGAACCAUCGUUCUUCUUCGGAGGAGCUCAACGAAAGUCUUGCUAAUUUGCUUGUCUCAAAGUCGCUAAAACCUUCUCAAGAACAAGAGGAAUUAAACAAUAAGGCUAAAAAGUCCUGGUUUAGCAAAACUAAGAGUAAAUUCAUACAUAACCCAUACACAACCUCAUUUUUGAACAAAAUCCCGUACAAAGACUACAUAGACAAUCUUAUCUGGGAACCUCCAAGACGAUCUUUUGCAUACAUUAAGUUGCCAGAACAUGCUUGGGUAUCUAACAACAACAGUAAUCAUAAUAAGGUAGUAAUUGGGUUUAAUGGUGGUUUAAUCUUAAUUGGGUCUUAUCAAUCCGGAAAAUUUUAUCAUUAUCAGUUGCCAAAUCAACACGCCGGAUAUCGUUUGGCUACAAAGGAUAGCAAGGAGGAUAAAGAUAAAAGAGAAGAAUGUCUGCUUGUAAGUCAAUACGAUAUGCUACUGCAUUCCUAG